AUGUCCUACUCCAACGAGUCGUGUGGGGUGAGCUGCCCGCAGCCCAUCGCCGAGAGCUCCAACGAGCCGUGUGUGCAGCAGUGCCCCGACUCCAGACCGCAGCCCAUCGCCGAGAGCUCCAACGAGCCGUGUGUGCAGCAGUGCCCCGACUCCAGAGCCCUGAUCCAGCCCCCGCCGGUGGUGGUGACCUUCCCGGGCCCCCUGCUCAGCACCUUCCCCCAGGAGAGCCUCGUGGGAUCGUCGGGCCCAGCCUUGCUGGGGCGUUCCUUCAGUUCCCGCAGCUCCUCUGGCUCUGGGGGCUCCUUUGGGCUGGGAGGUGCUGGGGGUUACGGGGGCCCGCUGGCCUUGGGGGGCUCCUCUGGCUAUGGGGGCUCCUUUGGGGCUGGAGGUUAUGGGGGCUCCUCUGGCUAUGGGGGCUCCUCUGGGUGGGGACCUUAUGGAGGUUCCCAGGGCUAUGGGGGCUCCUUUGGGUUAGGGGGCUCCCGUGGUUAUAGGGGCUCCUUUGGGUCUGGGGGCUAUGGGGGUUCUGGGGGCUUCCCGGGCUAUGGGGGCUCCCUUGGAUAUGGGAGCUCCCAGGGCUAUGGGGGCUCCUUUG